GAUUGUGGCUGAAACCGUGGAGAUGGAAGCUCACCGUGUGGUGCUGGCAGCCUGCAGCCCUUAUUUUUGUGCCAUGUUUACAGUGUGUUUUAGCAGCCCAGCUUUUUAACAGGGUGAGUUGCUGCAGUCCAGUGUGUUUUGGUAAUGACAGAAAGGAAGAAGAGGACAAAAUUCCUGCUCUGAUCACCUGAUCCCUGGAGCGGGUGCCCUUCAAAGGCUGUGCCCAGAUGGAUCAGCCAAAAAAACCCCGAAGAGACAUGUCUGAAAGUAAGGCCAAGAAGAUUGAGAUAAAAGAUGUUGAUGGGCAGACCCUGAGGAAGCUGAUUGAUUACAUCUACACCGCUGAGAUCGAGGUCACAGAGGAGAAUGUGCAGGUUUUGUUGCCAGCUGCUAGUUUAUUGCAACUGAUGGAUGUUAGAAAAAACUGCUGUGACUUCCUUCAGUCCCAGCUGCAUCCCACGAACUGCCUUGGCAUCCGCGCUUUUGCCGACGUGCACGCCUGCACCGAGCUGCUGCAGCAGGCCAACGCCUACGCAGAGCAGCAUUUCCCUGAGGUGAUGCUAGGAGAAGAAUUUCUUAGCCUUAGUCUGGACCAGGUUUGCAGUUUAAUAUCAAGUGACAAGCUCACAGUCUCCUCUGAAGAAAAGGUCUUUGAAGCAGUUAUCUCUUGGAUAAAUUAUGAGAAGGAAUCUCGCUUAGAGCACAUGGCUAAGCUGAUGGAACAUGUUCGCCUGCCCCUUUUGCCCAGAGAUUACCUGGUACAGACAGUUGAAGAAGAAGCUUUAAUCAAGAAUAACAACACCUGUAAAGAUUUCCUUAUUGAAGCCAUGAAAUACCAUUUGCUUCCUCUGGAUCAAAGGCAGCUAAUAAAGAAUCCCAGGACAAAGCCAAGGACUCCCGUUAGCUUGCCAAAGGUGAUGAUUGUGGUGGGUGGGCAGGCACCCAAAGCCAUUCGCAGUGUGGAGUGCUAUGAUUUUGAGGAGGAGCGGUGGGAUCAGGUUGCUGAGCUUCCCUCACGGAGAUGCAGAGCAGGCGUGGUGUUCAUGGCUGGCAAUGUCUACGCCGUGGGGGGCUUUAACGGGUCGCUGCGGGUGCGCACGGUGGACGUGUACGACGGCGUCAAGGACCAGUGGACGUCCAUAGCCAGCAUGCAGGAGAGGCGCAGCACGCUGGGCGCCGCCGUGCUCAACGACCUCCUCUACGCUGUGGGCGGCUUUGAUGGCAGCACUGGUCUGGCAUCAGUUGAGGCCUAUAGCUAUAAAACCAAUGAGUGGUUUUUUGUGGCUCCCAUGAACACAAGAAGAAGCAGUGUUGGAGUUGGAGUUGUGGAGGGGAAGCUGUACGCCGUGGGGGGCUAUGACGGAGCGUCGCGGCAGUGCCUUAGCACGGUGGAGCAGUACAACCCCGCCACCAACGAGUGGACCUACGUGGCUGACAUGAGCACGCGGCGCAGCGGGGCAGGUGUCGGUGUGCUCAGCGGGCUGCUCUACGCCACCGGGGGCCACGACGGGCCCUUGGUGAGGAAGAGUGUGGAAGUCUACGACCCAGGGACAAACACCUGGAAGCAAGUAGCAGACAUGAAUAUGUGUAGAAGAAAUGCAGGUGUGUGUGCAGUGAAUGGUCUCCUCUACGUGGUGGGAGGCGAUGAUGGUUCCUGCAAUUUGGCUUCGGUGGAAUACUACAACCCCAGCACAGACAAGUGGACGUUGUUGCCAACCAGCAUGAGCACGGGGAGGAGUUAUGCAGGUGUGGCUGUGAUUCACAAACCCUUGUGACAUACAAUCGAGCCAAUGUGAGGAGCAGAAGUGAAGUGGAUCCAGCUAGGUGGUGUUGGGAAGAUGACUGACCUCUGACUUGACCCAUCUCAUUGCUGUUAAUGUCUUAGCAUGACAAGUGAUACGUUGCAAGCAUCAUCCACUCCACAGUGGAUUGCAUAGCCAAGUGAAAAUCCCUCUGGGGACGUGUUCCAUGCUAGACACGAGGUGUUGCUUGUUAUCUGUGGUGCAACCAGCUGUUCUUCUCGAUGGCAUGUGUCCUGAGAUAAACACUGUGCUUGGACUGCAGGCACAGAAUUUCUUGUGUGAAACAAAACUGCUACGUUUGGGCAUGUGAGUAAAAAUGAAUGUUUCUGGAUUUCUUCCCCAUUGAUGCUCCGUGCACAUCGUUGGUUGAACUACUUACUCACUGUGCCUGGAGGGUGGACUUUAAUACUGGCAGUGGAAAAUUCUGAGUUCCAAUAGAGAAAAACAGCAGAAAUGGACUGGAACAGGGUGGUCUGGCUCGAGUGUGACACCGUCUCAGUCAUACGUUUGUACAUGCCACUGGACUGCUGUAUGUAUCCCUGACAUGCUUGUGGAAAUAAACACCAUGUGGUUUUUCUACUUGCCAUGAA